CAAAAUAAAAACAUUAUUGCACGUGUUCGAUUUGUUAUAUUUGUUUAAUAAAAUGAUCGAUUUUGAAAUGGACGAUUCCGACUCGGAAUAUUUGUCAGAGAUGGAUUCCGAAACAGAGUUACAAGAAGCAUUCGUUCGCGGUGAUCUAAAACCGGGUUUAAACAUUGAAUUUCAAAAGCCUAAGGAAAAAGUUAACAAUGUUUCUCGUCUUUUGACGAAAACAGAUGAAAUUAAAAAAGAUUUGCCUUGGCUGGAACGGAUGGAUAUGACCAACGAGUUGGCCCCAUUAGCUCCUGAAUUAUCUUUAGCUUUAGAAAAACAUGAACAAAAGCGUGCUAACUUGUUUAAAGGCAAUGCUAAAAUACCAUACAUUCGUCCCGAGGAAGAUCCCGUAUUGAAUGAUUUUAAAAGAGAAAUGCUUUUUCAUCGUCAAGCUCAGGCAGCAGUGUUGGAGGGCAUAAAAAAAUUACAUGAGCUAGGUGUGAAAACAAAACGUCCUGAUGACUAUUUCGCUGAAAUGGCGAAAUCCGACGAACAUAUGCAAAAGAUACGCGCUAAUCUAAUGGCCAAGCAAGAAGGUCAGGCUAAAUCCGAGCGAAUCAGGCAGAUAAGAUUACAACGCAAAAUGGGCAAAUUAUUAAAUAAACAAGUGAAAGUUCAGCGCGAACAAGAAAAGAGAGAAAUGCUAGAGAACAUCAAGAAAUUCCGCAAGGGUAAAUUUAAAAAUCUAGAUUUCCUGGAAGAUGCCAGAAAGCCUGAAACUAAAACUAAAACUAAAAAGACUGCCGAAAGCCGUAGAAAUCGUAAUAAGAAAUUCGGAUUUGGUGGCAAAAAAAGGGGUAGCAAAAGUAAUACGAAAUCGUCAUCGGCUGGUUUAGAAGCCACUAAAUUUUCCAAAGGCAAAGGCUUCAAGGGGUCAGCCAACAAACGCGUAGGCAAGUCAAGAAGAUCAAAGGCGAAAUCGAAAAAAUGAAUUUUCUAUUAAAUUUUCUAUACAGAAAACUCGUUU